AUGCUAAAAUCGUCUGUCCAGCAUAAGAUUCUGAAUUAUUUGCCCGACGAUAGACCAAUCACUGCUAUCCAAAUCGUUGAGAACUUGGAGAAGUGCCCCAGGGGGUUUUUCGCCAUCAGCAAAACCUACGAUCAGGACUCCGAUGCCGAUUUAAGGGACGUAUCGAUAUUCAAAAGUAGCUCCACCAGGUACAUCUGCCUUUCGAAAACCGAAGGCCUGCCGAAUUUCGUGGUGCAAGAGAUAUUCGUGUUAAGCGAUAAGGCGAGCCCCCCCAAGGGAUUCAGCUUGCUCAACAGGACUGCCGAUAGCGAACAGAAGGCCUGGAAGAAGAAGCAGCUCUGCUAUCGACUAGUCAAUAAGAAAGACAUCAGAACUGCCGUGACUGAUAUUAUCGUUUGUAACCGACCGAAGAAGGCCCCUGCGGAAUUUUGCUUUGCAGGCGAGAUCAACGGCGUGUAUCUCUGCUACAAAAUGGGCAACGUGCAGGACUCCCAGCAGGGCGACGCGCCGCCCGAGAGGCCGCCCAAGCCGAACGCGAUGUCGCCGGGCGGCGUUCCCGCCGCCUACCCUUCGCUGGACACCGAUCACGACUACGAGAUCCUGCGGCCGGGCGCCUAUCCGUCGAUGCCGGCGGGGCCCGGGGCGCCGAUCCGGCCGGCGCCGAAGCCGCCGGCGGCGCCCGUGCAGCACCAGAACUCCACCAACACGUUGGGGUCGUCGUACACGAGCGGUUUGGACGGGGUGCCGUUCGUGGUGAAUCCGAAAUUCGUGACCGGUAGCAACGCCGAUAGGUUCCAGUUUCCUAGGAUAAAGGCUAGAACGAUGCAACAAAUCCUUAAAGACUACGAUUAUCCUUUUACUGUGGAAAGGCAGACUUAG